AUGAGUGGGAUCAACCUUGAUUUAAACAACCCGAAUCCCCCGUUUCAAAAAACGAGUCCAACUCGUUCUUCAUACAAUUACACGAUGACUAUAAUCAGAAAAGUGACAUUAAACGUAGCGAUGUAUAAGACGUAUUGCCCAGAGAAAUUUCCCCCAAUGUCAAAGAUCUCAAAAAUACGCAAAGCACCAGAUCCAGUCCUUCCCGUUGGUGAGCGUAAGAAGUAUUACGUCUUAAAAAACGAUCCUGGUGACAUCGAAUUUGGUAGAGAGGAUACAGUGAUGGCUCUUCGAUAUGGCAAAGAUAUUUUAAUGAGUGGAACUCCGGAGACGUACAAUUUACAGGAUGGCGUCACGACGUGUCGGGGAGAGAAAGUAGCUGCACUUGAGCGGCACUUUGUGAUCAAGUACUUUGUCCAUCGAGCAAAGAUCCCGACUAUUUGUUCGUUAGGGAUACAGUGGGAGAUAGUUCCGAUGGAUGACACGUCAUCGCAGUUAUACAAAUCGUUAAGUGAGAUGAUGCGAGAAAAGGGCGUUGUAGGCGUAGCGGAGUUUGUGUUGAUGAAAAGUUAUAAUGUGAGGAAUAUGUGUAUUGUAUCGACAGAAAGAGGGUUGGUUGGUAUCGAAAUGCCAUGGGGGGAAUGCGUGAUUGCGGACGGAUUGUCUGUGGCAAGUGAGUGCGACGAAGAACAGAAGAAUUGGAUGGAGAAAUACGUCGACAGUUUACCUACCCGAGUCGAAAAGAAAGAAAGUAAUCCACUGCUGGAAAGAGUGUGGAAUAACAUUUUAUUAAAAAGUAAAGAACAACAAAUCGAUUUCAAUCUCCCUCUAAAAGAAGGGUUCAAUCUUAGUCAAGACGAAAAGAAUAAGGCUUUUAAAUUGUUUAAUUGGAAGGAGGAUGUCAAUGAAGUACAAUUCGAGGAUAAUUUACUAUUGUAA